AUGUCGAUCAACAACUCAAAUAAACGAACAGGCCUAAUCGCACAAACGUAUUGGGGACAGGACCCGAGGCAGAACAUUCCGCCAACACUGAAGCUGCGCGCACUUCCCACUCCUUUUGCCGUCCAAAGCGUGCCCUCAUCCUUGACCAAAACAGUCCAAGUAGACGGGGAGAAUGCCUUUCCAUGCCGCCGCUGUCUACAGGACGGAAAGAUGGGAGAUUUCAUGCUCCUUGCGCCUUACGAUCCGUGGCUAGGCGACAGCCCGUACAGACAGCCGGGACCUAUUUUCGUGCAUUCAACACCGCAAUGCGCGCCGUACAAGCCGGAUGGUCUGCUUCCCCAACAACUCCGCCGGCGGCUCAUUUCUGUCCGAUGCUUUGACUCGGCUCAUUGCUUAGUGAGUGCGGAUGUGGUACAGGGGGAUGAACUGAUGCGCGUCUCUGCCAAAAUGAUGGAAAAUGAAAAGGCCGAGUAUAUCCACCUUCACUACGCGCGGCCAGGAUGCUUUGCCGUUCGUAUCGACCGUGCCUAA